AGGCAGCCAGGACAGCAGGCAGUAGCUUGCAGCCACCAUUCUCAGCCUGGAAAGUUGCGGAGUAUUGGCGCCUGCCUGGAGAGGGGACACACCUCAGCUCCGGCCGCGGGGGGGUUGGGGCGGGGCAGAAGAGGACGGUGCCCAGUUGCCACCUCCCUUCAACCACAGUAGUUCCUCGUUCCCCAAGUGCAUCGAGAGCUACAGACAGGGGCGCGGCACCCGGUGCGGUGAGCGCGAGGCACAGGGUCCCAGCUGUGGAACCCGGCGUGAUACAGGGAGUCCUGACUCGUCCGAGCUUCCGGCUCUGUUGCAUUCAGACUCCUGUUUGCCUCCUUGCAGUUGGGAGAAAGCAGGAUUAUCGCGUGCAUGCAUAAUUCUCCAGGGAUCCAGUGGAAGGAGUCGUUCAGGACCAAGGACUGCUUGAACCCUCUUACCACUUGGGGGAAAGCGAAGGGUGAGGGUGGGCUGGGGAGAGUCGGGAGACUUGUGUAAACAACCUUCUUGACAGGAUGGGAACCAUCGGGCUUCUGUGGCUGCUGCUGCCGCUGCUUUCAGUGGCAGCCUUGGGCUCCGGGACUGGGACCGGCCAGAGCGCGGGCUCACCGGCGGUGGGGCCACCGCUGCAGCCCCGGGAGCCGCUCAGCUACUCGCGCCUGCAGAGGAAGAGUCUGGCGGUGGACUUCGUGGUGCCUUCGCUCUUUCGCGUCUACGCCCGGGACCUGCUGCUGCCAUCAGCGCCCUCGGAGCUAAGGGCGGGCAGACCGGAGGCCAGGGGCUCCCUGGCUCUCGAUUGCGCCCCGCUGCUUAGACUGCUGGGGCCUCCGCUCGGAGUCUCUCCGGCUCCCGAGGUGGCCCGGACGCUGUCCAGGGUGCUGAAAGGUGGCUCGGUGCGCAAGCUCCGGCGCGCCAAGCAGCUGGUGUUGGAGCUGGGAGAGGAGGCGAUCCUAGAGGGUUGCGUCGGGCCCCCAGAGGAGGCAGUUGUGGGGCUGCUCCAGUUCAACCUCAGCGAGCUAUUCAGCUGGUGGAUUCACCACGGGGAAGGACGGCUGAGGAUCCGCCUAAUGCCGGAGAAGAAGGCGUCAGAAGUGGGCAGAGAGGGAAGGCUGUCCGCCGCGAUCCGCGCCUCCCAGCCCCGCCUUCUCUUCCAGAUCUUCGGGACCGGUCAUGGCAAUGUGGAGUCACCAACAAACAUGCCUUCUCUUCCCCCUGACCAUUUUGCAUGGAAUCUGACCUGGAUAAUGAAAGAUUCCUUCCCUUUCCUGUCUCAUCGCAGUCGAUAUGGUCUGGAGUGCAGCUUUGACUCCCCCUGCGAGCUGGAAUAUUCCCCUCCACUGCAUGACCUCGGGAACCAGAGCUGGUCCUGGCGCCGCGUCCCUUUGGAGGAGGGCUCCCAGAUGGACUUGCUGGAUGGGCCUGAGGCAGAGCGCUCUAAGGAGAUGCCCAGAGGCUCCUUCCUCCUCCUCAACACCUCAGCAGACUCCAAGCACACCAUCCUGAGCCCCUGGAUGCGGAGCAGCAGUGAGCGCUGCACACUGGCCGUCUCGGUGCACAGGCACCUGCAGCCCUCGGGGAGGUACGUUGCCCAGCUACUGCCCCACAACGAGGCCGGAAGAGAGAUCCUCCUGGUGCCCACUCCAGGGAAGCACGGUUGGACAGUGCUUCAGGGAAGAAUUGGCCGCCCAGAAAAUCCAUUCCGAGUGGCCCUGGAAUACAUCUCCAGUGGAAACCGAAGCUUGUCUGCAGUGAACUUCUUUGCCCUGAAGAACUGCAGUGAAGGAACAACCCCAGGCUCCAAGAUGGCCCUGCAGAGCUCCUUCACUUGUUGGAACGGGACAGUCCUCCAGCUUGGGCAGGCCUGUGACUUCCACCAGGACUGCGCCCAGGGAGAAGACGAGGGACAGCUAUGCCGUAAACUCCCUGCUGGUUUUUAUUGCAACUUUGAGGAAGGCUUCUGUGGCUGGACCCCAGGCACACUGUCACCCCACACUCCUCAGUGGCAGGUCAGGACCCUCAAGGAUGCACUGUUCCAGGAUCAGAAAGGCCAUGCCCUGUUGCUCAGCACCACUGAUGUCCCCGCGGCUGAAAGCGCCACAGUGACUAGCACCACCUUUCCUGCACCGAUGAAGAACUCUCCGUGUGAGCUCCGGAUGUCCUGGCUUAUCCGUGGAGUCUUGAGGGGAAAUGUGUCCUUGGUGCUGGUGGAGAACAAAACAGGGAAGGAACAAAGCAGGACGGUCUGGCAUGUUGCCACCAACGAAGGCUUGAGCCUGUGGCAGUGGACAGUGCUGCCCCUUCUGGAUGUGUCUGACAGGUUCUGGCUACAGAUGGUCGCAUGGUGGGGGCAAGGAUCCAGAGCCACCGUGGCUUUCGACAAUAUCUCCAUCAGCCUGGACUGCUACCUCACCAUCAAUGGGGAGGACAAGGUGCCACAGAAUGCAGCACCCAAAUCAAGAAAUCUGUUUGAGAGAAACCCAAACAAGGAGCCUACACCUUGGGAAAAUGCACCCAGACAGACCCCCAUCUUUGACCCUACGGUUCACUGGCUGUUCACCACGUGCGGCGCCAGUGGGCCCUAUGGCCCCACCCAGGCCCAGUGCAACAACGCCUAUCAGAACUCCAACCUGAGUGUGGUGGUGGGGAGCGAGGGCCCGCUGAAGGGCAUCCAGAUCUGGAAAGUGCCAGCCACCGACACCUACAGUAUCUCUGGCUACGGUGCCGCUGGCGGGAAAGGCGGGAAGAACACCAUGAUGCGGUCCCAUGGCGUGUCUGUGCUGGGCCUCUUCAACCUGGAGAAGGAUGACACGCUGUACAUCCUGGUCGGGCAGCAGGGGGAGGAUGCCUGUCCCAGCACAAAUCAGUUAAUCCAGAAAGUCUGCAUUGGCGAGAACAACGUGAUAGAGGAAGAAAUCCGUGUGAACAGGAGCGUGCAUGAGUGGGCGGGAGGAGGCGGCGGUGGGGGCGGAGCCACCUACGUAUUUAAGAUGAAGGAUGGCGUGCCCGUGCCCUUGAUCAUUGCAGCCGGGGGCGGUGGCAGGGCCUAUGGGGCCAAGACAGACACAUUCCACCCAGAAAGACUAGAGAAUAACUCCUCUGUUCUCGGGCUCAAUGGCAACUCCGGAGCCGCAGGUGGUGGAGGUGGCUGGAAUGAUAACACUUCCUUGCUCUGGGCUGGAAAAUCUUUGCUGGAGGGUGCCACCGGAGGACAUUCCUGCCCCCAGGCCAUGAAGAAGUGGGGGUGGGAGACCAGAGGGGGUUUCGGAGGGGGUGGCGGGGGGUGCUCCUCCGGUGGAGGAGGCGGAGGAUAUAUAGGUGGCAACACGGCCUCCAACAAUGACCCUGAAAUGGACGGGGAGGAUGGGGUUUCCUUCAUCAGUCCACUGGGCAUCCUGUACACCCCGGCUUUGAAAGUGAUGGAGGGCCACGGGGAAGUGAACAUUAAGCAUUACCUAAACUGCAGUCACUGUGAGGUAGACGAAUGUCACAUGGACCCCGAGAGCCACAAGGUCAUCUGCUUCUGUGACCAUGGGACCGUGUUGGCUGAGGACGGUGUCUCCUGCAUUGUGUCACCUACCUCAGAGCCCCACCUGCCGCUCUCCCUGGUCCUCUCCGUCGUGACCUCUGCCCUUGUGGCCGCCCUGGUCCUUGCCUUCUCCGGCAUCAUGAUCGUAUACCGCCGGAAGCACCAGGAGCUGCAGGCCAUGCAGAUGGAGCUGCAGAGCCCUGAGUACAAGCUGAGCAAGCUACGCACUUCGACCAUCAUGACCGACUACAACCCCAACUACUGCUUCGCGGGCAAGACCUCGUCCAUCAGCGACCUCAAGGAGGUGCCAAGGAAAAACAUCACUCUCCUUCGGGGUCUGGGCCAUGGCGCAUUUGGAGAGGUGUAUGAAGGCCAGGUGUCUGGAAUGCCCAACGACCCAAGCCCCCUGCAAGUGGCUGUAAAGACACUGCCAGAGGUGUGCUCAGAACAGGACGAGCUGGAUUUCCUCAUGGAAGCCCUGAUCAUCAGCAAAUUCAAUCACCAGAACAUCGUGCGCUGCAUCGGGGUGAGCCUGCAGGCCCUGCCCCGGUUCAUCCUGCUCGAGCUCAUGGCGGGCGGAGACCUCAAGUCCUUCCUGCGAGAGACCCGCCCGCGCCCGAGUCAGCCCUCCUCCCUGGCCAUGCUGGACCUUCUGCACGUGGCUCGGGACAUUGCCUGCGGCUGUCAGUAUUUAGAGGAAAACCACUUCAUCCACCGGGACAUUGCUGCCAGGAACUGCCUCUUGACCUGUCCUGGCCCUGGAAGAGUGGCCAAGAUUGGAGACUUUGGAAUGGCCCGAGAUAUCUACAGAGCGAGCUACUACCGGAAGGGGGGCUGUGCAAUGCUGCCAGUUAAGUGGAUGCCCCCAGAGGCCUUCAUGGAAGGAAUAUUCACUUCUAAAACAGACACGUGGUCCUUUGGAGUGCUGCUAUGGGAAAUAUUUUCUCUUGGAUAUAUGCCAUACCCUAGCAAAAGCAACCAGGAAGUUCUGGAGUUCGUCACCAGUGGAGGACGGAUGGACCCACCUAAGAACUGCCCUGGGCCUGUAUACCGGAUAAUGACUCAGUGCUGGCAACAUCAGCCUGAAGACAGACCCAAUUUUGCCAUAAUUUUGGAGAGAAUUGAAUACUGUACCCAGGACCCAGACGUGAUCAACACCGCUUUGCCGGUGGAGUACGGGCCACUUAUAGAAGAGGAAGAGAAAGUGCCCAUGCGGCCCAAGGACCCCGAGGGGAUCCCUCCUCUGCUGGUGUCCCCGCAGCAGGCCAAGCGCGGGGACGAGGAGCGCCGUCCAGCCGCGCCGCCGCCUCCGCCCGCCUCUGCGUCCGGCAAAGCUGGGAGGAAACCCCCGACGGCAGAGGGGUCGGCGCGGGGGGCCAGGGCGCCGGCCGCCGAGGGCGGGUGCGUCAACAUGGCCUUCUCCCAGUCCAACCCGCCGACCGAGCUGCACAAGGUCCACGGAUCCAGGAACAAACCCACCAGCUUGUGGAACCCAACUUACGGCUCGUGGUUUACAGAGAAACCUGCCAAAAAGAACAACCCUCUGGCAAAGAAGGAGCCACAGGAGAGGGGAAGCCUGGGGCGCGAGGGCGGCUGUACUGUCCCGCCUAGUGUCGCGGCGACUGGGAGGCUCCCGGGGGCCUCCCUGCUCCUGGAGCCGUCGGCGCUGACUGCCAACAUGAAGGACGUACCCCUGUUCAGGCUCCGUCACUUCCCUUGUGGGAACGUCAACUACGGCUACCAGCAACAAGGCUUACCGUUAGAGGCCACCACUGCCCCUGGCACUGGUCAUUAUGAGGACACCAUUCUGAAAAGCAAGAAUAGUGUGACCCAGCCUGGGCCGUGAUUCUCCUGGGGAGCCCUCCACCCGGCAGAAGGGAGAGGCUCGGUUCCCUGGUAAAUCAGAGACCAAAUGUCAUUUUUCAUCUUGUGCCAACUUGUUUUGAAGUGCCACAUGAAACGCUGUAUUUUCAAAAUGCUUUAGAAAGGUUUUGAGCAUGGAUUCAUCCUAUUCUUUCAAAAGAGAAAAUAUCAUUAAAAAACGAGAGAUGAAUGAGGCCCAGAUGUGGUGGCAGGAGGUUUUUAUGCAUGGCUGUUGUAUACUUCCUUACGCUGCUUUCAAAUUGUGUGUGCUCUGCUUCAAUGUAGUCAGAAUUAGGUGCUUCUGUGUUUCAUAGUUGGAGUCAUAGAUGUUUCCUGGCCUUGUUGAUGUGGACAUGAGCCAUUCUUUGGAGGGGAGAGGGAACAGAAAUAAAGGAGUUACCUGUAAUGA